AUGACGUCGAAUCAGUACCUCAACAGUCUCUCCGAGAAUGCGACGCGCUUUGGUAUGCGGCUACAGGAGACGAUCUCGGAGCGCACGCGCGAGUUCGGGCUCAACUCGAUCGCUACCUCCGCUGCUGCGCUCGAGACGCCCGCCGACGAGAAGACGCACGCGGCGCUACGCAAGCAGCUGGAGGGGAGCAGCGAUAGGGACAAGCUGGAUGCGAUGAAGAGACUUGUUGCUCUCAUCUCAAAAGGCCGCAACGUAUCCACCCAUUUCGCCUCGGUCGUGAAAAACGUCGCGUCGCCCAACCUCGAGAUCCGCAAGCUCGUGUACAUCUACCUCCUCCGGUACGCAGAGCACGAGCCGGACCUCGCGCUGCUCUCCAUCAACACCUUCCAGCGCGAUUUGGCGGACCCGAACCCCCUGAUCCGCGCCAUGGCCCUGAGGGUCCUGAGUGGGAUCAGGGUCCCGAUGAUAGGCAGCAUCGUCGUCCUCGCAAUCAGGAAGUGCGCAGGCGACGCGAGCCCGUACGUGCGCAAGGCUGCGGCGCUGGCGAUCCCAAAGUGCUACGAACUCGACGCCGCGCACCUCCCCGCGCUCAUCCAGAUCAUCACGCAGGUGAUGCUGCGCGACCGGUCGCCGCUCUCCCUUGGCGCGGUCGCGUUUGCGUUCGCGGCUGUGUGCCCGACGCGGCUCGAGCUUUUGCACCCGCACUUCCGGCGCCUGUGCAGGGUGCUCGUGGACGUGGACGAGUGGGGGCAGGUCGAGAUGAUGCGUUUGUUGGUGAGGUAUGUGCGGGUUAUGUGUGUGCGUACGAGAGAGGGGCAGGCUCCCCCCGCGGACGGGACGGGGACGGAGACGGGGACGGGAGUGGAAAAGGGGAAGGUGGAGGGUGAGAAGGGUAUUGGGUUUGGGUAUGAGGAGGAGCUGGAUAAGGAUGUGAAGCUUUUGUUGGAAUCGGUGCUACCUGUUCUGCAGAGUCGUAAUCCUGCCGUUGUAAUGGCCGCCGCGCGCGUGUUAUUCCACGCUGGACCGUAUAGAUAUUGGCUUAAAUUCGUACAGCCACUACUGAGACUUUUGGAUACAUCGAAAGAGGUUGAAAGGGUGGUUUUGGUUGACUUGAUCGCCAUCUGCAAAACGGCACCGGAGCUAUUUUCUCCUUAUUAUACGCGUUUCCUCAUUCGCUCAGACGACAUUUCGGCUGUGAAGAAGGACAAGAUCAAGAUUCUGCUCUUGGUGUUGACAUUAGAUAACUAUGCCGCGAUUAUGAGAGAACUAAUAGACUGUGCGGACGACACGAAUGAUGAAGUCGUAUCAGCUGCUAUUGACGGCGUUGGGAUAUGUGCGAGGAGGAUACCAGCAUCCGUUUCUCAAUGUUUGACUGCACUGAUUAGGAUGAUCAAAAGUCGUUAUGAUAUGGUUGUGAGCAGUGCGGUGAUGGUGCUCAAAAACUUGGUGCAGGCGCAGUUGGCGUCGCCUGUGGAUUUCGCUACGGUGCCGGGCACAUCCGAGCAGUCGCCGCUGUCGAUUAUAGCCCAUCUGGCACGGCGGAUAGACGACAUUAAACACGGACAGGCGCGUGCGUGCGUCGUAUGGUUAGUGGGUCAAUACGCUGGAGCGGACGUGUCCCCUUCGACGUCGACGAUACCCGGGGUGCUCGGUGCGCCAGAGGGUAUGGCGGAUUGGGCACCGGAUGUGCUGCGCAAGCUCGCGAAAUCGUUUGCGGAGGAGACUGUGCUGGUGAAGCUGCAGGUGGUGACGCUGGCGGCGAAGCUGUUUGUGCUGUCGCCGUUUGACCGGCGGAUUGGGAUGCUCACGAGAUAUGUGUUUUCGCUGGCGAGGUAUGAUGUGAAUUAUGAUUUGAGAGAUCGUGGAAGGAUGCUUUCAGCGCUGCUUGCUGGUCUGGGCUUGGAUCUGAAUGGUGAGAGUGCAGAGGAGCGCGGUGGUGUUGUGUUGAGGAGGGAACAGGUCAAGUUGGUGUUGUUUGAGGGCAAAGAGAAGACUGAUGAGACGAAAGAAGUGGUGCAUGGGAAGCCCAAGUUUAUCACGAUUGAUGAGGAGCUGCCAGAUUGGCUGGAGAAGGGCGUAGAAAGUUCGUUGAGGGACAGUGAAGAUGAUGCACCGGCAGCUCCACCUGUUCCGACUGCUAUUUCGUCUGCGGGGCCAGUGAAGAGCAAGGGUGCUGUGGGGGUGCCGUCACCGCCUAUUGUAUUGACACCGACGGGGCCCAGUACUGUGGCGAGUGGGAAUGGGGCAAAGGGCCAGUUUAUGGACCUGGAUGCAUUUUAUGCUGAAGAAGAAAAGGAGGAAAGUGCAGAGGAAGAGAGCUCAGAGGAGGAGUCGAGCGAGGAAGAGUCGAGCGGAGAGGAAGAGUCUGGGAGCGAAGAGUCAAGCGGAUCAGAACAUGCAAGUGCGGAUGACGUCACGAGUGCUCAGUAG